CCACCAUGAGGACUUCUAGUACUUGUAGACGAUCGAAGAGCGACGAACUACACUACUAACAGGACAAGUGAUGGAGCUGCGCGCGAACUUUACAAAUAUUACACAAUACUGCAUAUCCGUGGGAGAACAUUCUUUCUUAGACAUCAGUUCUUAUGCCCUUUUGGUGUUUCCGGAGUUAAAGAUUGCGUUUCGUGGAUCACCUUUUCCCCAGGAGGCUAUCUGAUUGCUUGAUUAAGGUUUUGAGUUUUUAUGGCACAAGGGUUCUUGGAAAUUAGGUGACUCCGACAACCCUUUGAAGUUAUUAAAAGAUACACUCUCGGAGCUUUACUGAUUGUUAACAGUUUUUCCGCAUUCCUUAUAGGUUCAAAUAAUCUGCCAUUUCCACAUCAAAACGCGGCAUUGCGAUUUGAUAUAAAUUGUCCCUCGAGCGAAGAUAUCAGCAGACCGAGAUUGAAGAGGCUACAUAUCAACAUCAUUUGGACUGAUCAACUUUGAAUACUCGCCCUCGCCACCAUAUCUAUUACAUUUAGGAGGAGUUGAAACCAGUCGAUCAUCCAUCCCUCCUGAAGAUCUUCAAUUUUGAAGCCCAACAUCUCAUCUAACCUUGGUAAAGACCCACAAACCUUGGCAGAAUGACAGGAGGAAGUUUCAUCGGUCGGACUAUUCCUGAGGAAGACCUAAGCAACCAAAGAAGGAUCAGAACGGGCUAUCUGGACCAAAUAGUGUGUCUAAAAACUAUCAAAACAAAGAAGAGAUGGGUGGUUUUUCAAGGUGAUCUAAAGACCGGGUUGUUCCAGCUGAAGAUCUUCAAGAAGAUGGACGAGAAGAUCUUGAAGAGUGCUUACACCGUAAACAAAGAUACCUUCAUGGGCACCGAACGGGGGAUGAUGCAGAGACCAGGGAAACGGAAGUCACCCAUCGAAUAUUGGGCUAUCAUGCUAGCCGCAGAUACCAUCCUCUUCCAGGAGUCCAAAUCCGUGUCACGUGAUCUGUUUGUUAAGAAGAUGGCGUCGGAAGAUUUGGCCACCUGGUACGCAUUCAUCAAGUCACAUUUUUUCAGCGAGAGUUGGACGGUUUUUCCAUUGAAAGGCAUCGUGGCGCCAGAGUUUAGAAUGGCUCUUCACUUGACGCACCAUGCUAUGUGCUUGGCCACUCUGAGCCCGCCAAAAUGCUGCAUCGCCUGGGACCUAAAAAGAAUCACACAGACUAGUAUACAGGAAGAAACCCUCGGAUUUCACAUCGACAGCACCGGGAGCGAUGCAGGUUACUGCGAGUUGAAGACAGAAUCUAAGAAGACCGCAGGAGAGAUCUAUCGUAUCCUCUCCCGUCACCAUAGCAAGGGUUCCAUCAGAGGCGCCCUCCCUAAACUACCCCCUAUGGAACCAAUCGUUGCACCCCCUCUUCUCUUCAUGAGGCCUGACCUUAAACCUGGCGGAGUUCCCGGACCUGAGCGCUACACGGCCUCUCCGUCUCGCCUUAGAGGAAGACCCCCUCAGCCUCCAAAACCACAUCCGGGUACUCCGCCAGACUUUCUGACCGAAGACGGCCAUUUUGAUUCUCUCAUAGAUGACAACGACCCCGAUGAAUGUGAUGUUGAAGGGCUCAUUGAGGAAACGCACGUCGAUAUGGUCUCGCUGAUGUCGGCCGGGCGGGAUGACAUAGCCGCUUACGUUAACACGUGAAUGCCAGCAAGAAAAAGGAGUGUCGAAUUUGGGUCGUUGGACGAGGACUAUAAUGUAGCGGGCCUAUAUUUUUCGUCGAGAAAAGGAGUAUGAUUUCAUCGUAAACCUUAAUCGGAACAUUAAUUUCUUUCCCUAUACAUGUACAAAUCUCGUAUCAUUUCAAUCUAAGAUUUUCCAAGAAAUAAAGAACGUGAGAGAUGGAAGUGUUUUGGGGCAUCGCUAGGCCAUUUUGGUUGGGGGACUGUCAGACCUAUAUAUUUGCCGACACUGAUGAUGAUACUUUGAGAUAAAGCCGACAAAAAUUAUGAUGCUUUCUCUUAUUCUCACUGACCCCAGACACAAACUCCCCCGGCCGUACACAUGGGUUUUCAAUGUAACAGGCCUGCUAUUAAAAACAAAGUGAAAAUGCGAAGUGAUCUUGGGCUCACUGGUGAAAAAUUGUAAUAAAGGUGUUUUUUUUUCAAUUCGGGAAUGGACAUCCCCCUCCUUCGCGCAAAGUAUAUUACUGUUCAUAAUAACGUCUAAGUGGAUUAUCAUUGCAUAAAAGAUUGUUUGCGCCACAAUUUGUUAUGACAGUCUAUUUAUGUUUGCGAGAGAACGAUGUCAUUGGUUGUCACCACUCUCUCUAGAUAUACCGCAUGGUGUAGGCCUGGGCCUGUGUCCCGAUGCAUAAAAGCUAUAUAAUCAUGGUAACUUUGCCUUCCAGUGGUAAUUACCAUGGUAACGAUGUUCAAUAGCCAACCAGAAUCGAGGAUUCCAUACAAGAUAUCAUUGGUUGUCAAAGUUACCAUAAUCUUAACUUUUAUUAAACGGGGCCUAACAUAUUUUCGGUGAGCGACGUAUGUAUCUAGAGUAUUGAGCUAGGAUCCGGACGCGAGGAUGAAUAUAGGGGGUUAUUAUUUUGUUCAACGAGCAAAAAACUACUGCCACAGAAAAAAAGAAGCCUUUGUUGAAAAUUUACGAACCCAAACGGCAGAAAUAUACUCUAUCGUCUCUACUUCGUCCAACAGUCAAAGUGCAAAUGUAUCGUCCGCUCUGAAUAUAAGACGAAACUGAUUUUCUGAGUCUUGAAUUUUCGACGAAGACUUCUAUUAAGGCGACCGCACACAUUACGAUCGGUCUGCGACCCGAUUUUGGAAUAACACGUAG